AUGUCGUCUGCUGCCCCUGCCCUCCUCGCCCUUUUCAUUACGCCCAUCCUAUUCUCCAUUAUUCGCUCCCAUUUGAAGCACAGAUGCCUGAGCAAUCUCCCCGGCCCAGAGCCGCAGUCAUGGCUGUUUGGUGUUGCCAAAAAGAUGUUUGCCCCGGAUGGAAUGACAUACAGGCUUCAUCUCCUCACAGAGUCCGGUCCUGUGGUCAAAAUCCCAUUCCUGCUCGGUGUGCGCAUUCUGAACUCCGUCCAUAGAUCGUCGAUCGCCAUCUCCGACCCCCUGGGCCUGUGUACUUUGCUUGGAAAGGAUAGCACGCCCUUCGAUUUCCCUCACUCCUUUGUGGCAAUGAGCCACGCCGUAUGGGGUCCCAGUUUAAUAGGCGUACGGGUAGGCGACGAACACCGCAAACAACGCAAGAUACUCAAUCCCGUCUUCUCUGUCCCGCACCUUCGCGGACUUGUGCCCGUCUUCAGUGACGUCGCAUCUGAAGUCGUUUCGACUAUCAACUCCUACCUCACAGGCGCUCCCACCGAGGUCGACGUUUCACAGAUUAUCACCGGCUACUCCCUCGAAUGUAUUGGCCGCACCGGCCUUGGCCGCUCUUUCGGGUCUCUCAAGGAGCAUGGCACGCCGUACAGUCGUGCGCUCAAGGAGUUCGGGCCAACUCUAGGGAAGCUGCAUGUCUUCAUGGCGUACCUGCCAGGGCUCCGCAAGUGCCUGCCUCUGUCUUGGCUGAGGUUUGGUGCAAAGCACUUUCCAAUGAAGGCUAUGCGAGACAUGCUCGAGAUAUCGGACACGGUUUACGCCGAGUCUAAGAGGAUUCUCACUGAGAAGGAGGGACUCUUAAAAGACGAAGGCGGAAGGGAUCUCAUGAGCAUUAUCUUGCGUCACAACGCGAAGGUGGCACUAGACGAAGUUUUGUCCGAGGAGGCUCUUAUCGGGCAGAUGUCGAUGUUCCUUCUCGCGGCCACAGACACCACAUCGUCUACUAUUACUCGUGUGAUAGAGCUUCUCGCAAUAAACCAAGACGUUCAAGGUGGGCUCCGAGAAGAGCUCACCCGCGCCACGGAGUCUCGAAGUCUCUCUGAAUUCGACUUCGACGCGUUUGCCUCGCUGCAAUACCUCGACGCCGUCCUCCGCGAGACGCUCCGCAUGAAACAGGACCGCCGACGUCGACACCGUCAUCCCCCUUUCCGCCCCGUGGUCGGCAAAGAUGGCGAGCUCAUCCAUGAAGUCCACAUCCCCGCGGGCACGACCAUCCUCGUCAACAACGUCGGCUACAACCGCAGCCCGCUCGUCUGGGGGCCCUCCGCGGCCGAGUGGCGCCCCGGGCGCUGGCUCGCGCCCCUCCCCGACUCGGCGACGACACAGCGCGUGCCGACGCUGUUCUCGAACAUGCUGAGCUUCGGGGGCGGGCCGCGGGCGUGCAUUGGAUACAACAUGGCGCUCAUCGAGCUCCGCGUGAUUAUUUCGCACCUCAUCCUCGCGUUCAGAUUCACACCCUCGGACAAGAAGAUCGUGUGGCGCAUGGCCGGGCUCGUCAGCCCCUCGGUGCGCGGCUCGAAGCUCACCCGCCCAGAGCUGCCGGUCAUGAUAGAGCGUCUGGCGGUGGACGAAGCGGCGUGA